GCUAACAGUUAUAGACAUUUUCAACAUUUGUUGAUAAAAUUGUUAUAUUUUUUGCAAAUUUUGUGUUAACAAUUUAUUUUUGAUAUUCAUAUUUAUUCCUUAUCCAUCAUGUCAAUUAAUAAAGAAACUGUUAAAAUAUCAUAUAGUUCGAUAAUUUGUACGGAACAUACAAGAAUCGAAGGUGAUGUUACAAUUGGAUUGAAAAAUGUUAUCCAUCCAACAGCUAAAAUAAUAGCCGAAUGUGGUCCAAUUAUUAUUGGUGAUUAUAAUCUUAUUGAAGAAAAUGUUACGAUUAUAAAUAAGACACCGGGCAUUAUAAUGAUGAUCGGUAAUCAUAAUGUAUUUGAAGUUGGUGCCAAUAUACAAACACCACAAAUUGGUGAUCAUAAUGUAAUGGAAUCAAAAUGUCAUGUUGGAUUGCGUACCCGUAUAACAAAUGGUUGUGUAAUUGGUGCAAUGUGUAAUAUAAAUUAUGAUGAAAUAUUAGCUGAAAAUACUGUUAUAUAUGGUUCAAGAUGUGAACGACGUUUACAGCAUGAAAAACCAUCCGUGCAAUUAUCACAGAUUGAAUUUUUGGGAAAAAUUUUACCAAAUUAUCAACGUAUUGAAAAACCAAAUUAUCGAUUACCAUCGACAACCGCAACAACAAUUCAAUCACCGACAAAUACAACGAAUACCUGAACAAAAAAAAAUAAAAAAUAUUGUGCAUAUAAUCCUUAAUUAAAAUUUUAAUU